UUUUGAUGUAUAAAUAAUCUGUGAAUGAUAAACUAAUAUUUUUAAAAGUUUAAUAAAUUGAGUAUUAUUUAUAGAUAAGUGCAUUAUACUAACAUAAUAACAUUCAUAGAUAAGAGCAUUAUAAUAUAUGUUAACUUCUGCGCUAUUAUAGUUUUAUGUCAUUUUCUAUUGGAAAGAAAUUGCUCAAACUCAAAUUCCCUUUCAGAGUAAAAUGCCAGGUGUAAGCUGUAGUGUGGCCAUUUGUAAAAAUAAUUUUUAUAAAAAGAAGAAGUCUGCUGAUGCAGAUCAACAAAUAGCAUUUUUCACGUUUCCCAAAAAUAAAAAACUAGAAAAAAUAUGGAUUAUGCGCUGCCGCAGAAAAGAUGAAAUAAAAACAAAAACUGCUAGAGUAUGUAGUAAUCAUUUCAAGAAGGAUGAUUUUGUGGAUGAUUUGUAUGCUAGAGUAAUGGGAACUAGGCCUAAGUUGAAAUUAAAGGAUGGAGCAAUUCCAAGUGAAAACUUGAAAUAUCUGGGAGAUGUUUCAAAACAGACAACAGCAAGAAGUGGUAAAAGGGUAGCAAUGAAAACACAAAAAGCUAUCGUUGAAGACCCAUUAGAGGUACACUCACCUGUGUCUGAUGUAUCCAGUACAAGUAUAGAAUCGGACGAAGAUAUUUUACAACGAAAAUAUGAGGACUUGCUUAAAGAAAACAAAAGGCUAAAGCAGAAAUUAGAAGAAAAUGAACAAGAAUUGUGUACUACCAGAACAAAGAUUCUAGAAUUAAAUAAAAUAUCAAAUAAAAAGAUAUUGAUAGUGAACAAAAGAAGAAAGAUAAUACUACAUGUCGGUUUAUAACGUUCUCCUUUUCUGUCUUCCAAUCUCCACUUCGUCCGGUUGUUCCAUAGGUCCUCUUCUAUGUUUCUUUCCCCUCAGCUCUUUGUGUAUUCCUUCGCUCCAACUUUUUCUCAGUCUACCUCGUUUUCUCUUUCUUUCUGGUUACCAUUUUAAUAUUUCCUUUGGUAUUCGUUCAUCCAUUCUUUGUAUAUGUCCGAACCAGAUAAUUUGUUUUGUUGUUAGCUCAUCCGUGAUUGUUCGUUUGAUGCCCAUUAUUUCUCUAAUGCGUUCGUUGCAUGGUAAUCCUUUCUCUUCUAGAUCUUCCUGUGGGACUUCUCCAAAAAUCCAUUUCCGUUGCUCUCAGCGUUGCCAGUGUUCUUUCUUUCAGUGGCCGUACCUCAAAGCUGUAUAUAGUGAUACUUUUCACUAGAGUCUCAUAUAUCCUCCUUUUAUUUUCUUUGCUCAUGGAUUGGUCCCAUAAAAUGCUGUUGAACAUUGUGACGGCUCCCUGACGUAUCUCUUUCUCUCUUAUGGCUUUGUCUAAUGUUCCAUCGUGCGAAAUAGUGAUACCUAGAUACUUGUAGUCACAGUAGUGCUUUAUCGUGGUGUUAUCGUCUAAUAUGAGUUUUUUUGUUCUUAUCCAAUGCACAAGUAUUCGGUUUUCUUUUUAUUUGCUUCUAGACCCCAUAUAUCAUAUUCUUCAAUUAAUUUUCGUGCCAUCCCAGGCAACCAAAUAACGUUUACAAAACGUUGAAAAAACGUCAUAAUUAUCAUUAAACCACGCCAGUUUAUCACGUAUUUUCGACGUCGAAAAUCACGUGAAUAUGCCCUACCAUAAUUGACGUAAUUUUAUCAACUUUUAAAUACGUGAUAUCAAAAACGUAGUUUUUAUGUCGUUUUUUAGAUGUUUCAUUUUAUGGUUUUAAAGAUACACAAUAAUUAUUCGCAUGGGCAUUGUUGGUAUUGCAAUUUUUUAUUUAACCGUUUUAAAUCAUUUAGCUCAUAGGCUAAAAGCAAAACUAAAUUGAAAGACUCUCUAAAUAUAUAGAAUUAGAAUACCCUCAAUACAACAUACCUACAGGUAUAGAAUUUUCACUUUUUAUAUAUACUUACGGUGUCAAAAUUGAAACAACAUAUAAACUAAUAAAUAAUUUAUUGUUAAUUUAAUUAAACUCAAUAACACAUCCAAAACAAAUUAAAACAUAACCUCAAACAGUUUUCAAGAUGAAUUAUUGUAUUAAACUUACUCACUUGAGAAAAACUAAUGAAAAGCUCUUAAUUAACACGGUUCUUCAACUAAAUAUCUAAAUGAAAAGUCUUAUUUUAUUACACAAAGCCCCUAAACAAUAAAUGAAACACUUCUUAAUGGACAUUUCUUGAAGUCAUAAGCAUUAAGCCUUUAAGCUCCUCCCAAUUUUGUGACUGUCAGACUUAGGAUGCCUGAAAUGAAAACGUGUUUUUAGGCGUAUUUUAACGUCAUUAAUCUUACGUAUUUAAAAUCACCUACAAAAGACAUUUAUACCACGUAAUCUUCAAACACGUGUAUAUAUUCAACCAAAAACUGACGUUUCCUCGACGUUCUUGACGUCACUUGGUUGCCUGGGAUAUAGCUUAAAUCGUCAUAUUCUUGAGCCAUUAUUACUUGAUCUUCUGCCAAGUUGGGCGUAUAGACCAUAGUGUUGGUGAGUGGUAUUCCCAUUGUUCAUUGUUCUGCAUUUUUGUUUAUAUCUUUUUAAAGCACUUUCGAGAUAUAUUUUAAAUAAAGUGGGGGACAAGCCCAAAAAAGAAGAAAGAUAAAAGAAGAAAAAAAAAAGAAAUUGAAAUUAUUUUGAAAAAGAAAAAGAGGGCAUGUUGGACGACGGAAGAAAUUUAUAUGGAUCUCAGUAAACGUGCAACGAUCUGCUGAAGAUAGUGGCAUUACCACUUAUAUAAUGCAGUGUACUUUCACUUAAGUAGUGUGUAUUUAUAUAUAUUGGACAUCAAAUAAACUUUUACCAAUACAAA